GACACACAGAGCUGCACCUCCCCUGAAAAAUGGCCUCAUUCUCCGUCCAAGACAUCACACCCACACGCUUCACACCGAUUUGCUGUCCCGUCCCACCUCCUGGCUUCCGGCCCUCCUGCCCGGAUGAGACAGACCCAUCUGCAGGUCCACCCCAGGUCCCCAUUGACUGGCCAGGCAAAGGUCAAGGAUGAGGUUAAGAGGCCAGAGACUGCAUCGUCUGAGGAAUUGUCUGAGGAAGUUCAACGGAGAGGAGCAGAAAUUGCAAGCAUGUAUAAAGCACAGCUGAAAGAGAGGAUGGCCCAAAAGAGAAAGGAAGAGAUUCUGAAGAAAAUGGCAAACAGCGAUGACAAGAACGAUGACACUGAGGCCUCCUGCUCCUCUGCAGUAAAACGAUCUAAUACCCCUGCCACAGCCCCCGAGCGCCCGGCCAGCCCAGAGGCCACGCCAGUGGCCGCCCGAGAGGACACUCAGGAGGACACCCAGCAGGACCUGGCAGAGGUUGUGAAUGUGCUCAAGAGGAAAUCAUCUGAUCUAUACCUGCCUGACGAGGUUUGUGAGGAGUCACUCACAUGGAAAUCCAUUUACGAGGAGCUGUGCCCGCUCGCUCACAGAGUGAACACAGAAGCUGACUACAUCAAGGCGCUCCGCGUCAUCACUGAGAAUGCUGUGACUCCCUCGUGCUCGUCUGAGGAUGAUGUGUCUCAGAGUGUGAGUGAGGACACAAGUCAGGAGGGGAGUAGUGAAAGUGAGGAGAGCAUGAGUGGACAACAGCAGAGAUGUCUACACAGGGAUCCUUAUGGUAAGAGGGACAGGAAGGAGAUUGAUAGUGGUAAAAUGGAAGGGAGAUUUGCAACCGCCAAUGCAAUGUCUAUGAUGGCGAGCCGAGGGAUAGAAGAACUUAAUUCCAUGAGCUACGCAGACAGGAUCAAAUAUUUCAAGUAUGAGGCUAAGAGAAAUGAAGAGAUGAUGAUGAAGAUUGAAAGGAGGAAGGAAAAAGCCAGGGACGAAGAGCUCAAAAAGUGGGAAAAGAGGCAGAAGAAAUUGAAUGAGGAGGAAAGGAAAAGGACAGAAAAUAUGGAAAAAAACAAGUUAGAGGAGCAGAGGAAAAGGGAGAAGGCAGAGAUGAAACUAAAGAUUGAACAUGAGAAAAAGAGACAAGAACAAGAGAAAAAGAGAGAGAAAAAAGAAAGAAAGCAGCAGGAGAUGCAACAAAAGCAAAAGGCACGAGAGAAAGAAGAGAAGAGGAGGAAAGAGGAACAGAAAAGGAGAUUGAAGAUACAGCAGGAACAAGAGAAGGAGGAACAGAAAAGGCAGACAAGGAUACGGGACGAGGAUAAGAAGAGAGCAGAGCUUCAAAGAAUAAAAGAUCACGAGGCCAGGUUCAAAAUGGAGAUGGAGAAACUGUAUGAGAGAGAAGAGAGGAAUGCACAGAUUGAAAGAGAAAAGAGGCGUGCGCUGUGUCAGAAAAAAGGACAGACACAGAGAGCAAAACAGGUGGUGGCAUACGAGGUCACAGCGUCUACAUCUGACGCCUCUGUGCGGAGGGAAGAGAGGGAGCAACGUCCAGAGACCGCUCACGCACAGUCUGCAAAGAGGAGAACAAGGAAGAAGCAGAAGAAAGCGGCGGACGAGGCAUCGACAACUUUUCAGUAG